AUGCUGUCGUCCCUGAAGACCCUGCUGCUGCUCUCGGUCCUGUGCACACCGACCUCCAGCCUGUGCCUCCGCCUCUUCGAGAGCCGCUCUGACCUCCUGUGCGACAACCAGACACCCGCGGAGGUCCGGAGCAGCGAGGACGACCCGGAAUACCCCUCCCUGGACGCCUUGGGGUCCCUGCUCCAGUCCGAGGACUAUCCGUCCUCCGCCUCGGCUGAGUCCAGCCGGGAAAAAAGGACUUCCAGUCCCGCAAACUACAGGUUCCUGAGCCGGACCAAGCUCAGGGGCAAGAUGCUCCGGAACAGCGGGAAGAGUGACCGCAGGAGCAGGCUGACCCUGUCGCUGGACGUCCCGACCAACAUCAUGAACGUCCUCUUCGACGUGGCCAAAGCCAAGAACCUGCGCGCCAAGGCGGCCGACAACGCGCGCCUCCUGGCGCAGAUUGGCCGGAGGAAGUGAACCCGGACAAGCUGACCGCCCGGCCGGGCUCACUCCUGAAAAACACUCACUAG